AUGCGACUCAUCGACGUUGAAACAGGCAGGCUGGAAGAAUUCCACAGCGAUACGCCCAGCUACGCUAUCUUGUCUCAUACAUGGGGAAAGGACCACGAGGAGAUAUCAUUCCAGGAUAUGCAGCAAGAAGAGGCAUCCCAGCGACAAUUCGGAAAUAAGCUAGAUGGGUUCUUUAAGCAGGCAAGAUCCGAUGGUCACAGCUACGUCUGGAUUGACACCUGUUGUAUCGACAAAAGCAACUCUGUCGAGCUAGGCGAAGCCAUCAACUCCAUGUACCGAUGGUAUAAGGAAUCGUCUAUUUGUUACGUUUACCUUGCGGACGUUUCUAGUCGUACCGGAGAAGUCGAUCUGGAGAAACUUCACACGAGCCGUUGGUUUACACGAGGAUGGACCCUGCAGGAGCUCUUAGCUCCUAGAAGCCUUAGAUUCUAUGACUGCGAUUGGUGUCCGUUAGGAGAGAAAAACGAGCUGGCUGGUGCUAUCAGAAGCAUUACAGGUAUUCCAUACGGGAUUCUCCUUGGUUUCGAUGAUGUGAGCAAUGCUAGCGUCGCACAGCGAAUGUCUUGGGCAGCCAAAAGAGUCACAAAGAGAAAGGAAGACUUGGCAUAUUGUCUCCUGGGGAUCUUUGAUGUCAUGAUGCCCAUGAUAUAUGGGGAAGAGGAGCAUGCAUUCAUUCGACUCCAGGAAGAAAUCAUAAAGAAAACUGCGGACGAUUCAAUUCUCGCGUGGGGUAUAAGCCCUGACUCCAACGACGGCGUUGAACCCGAAAAUAUCGACAUCCAUCUUUUCGGCAACGCUUUAGCCACUAGCCCUGCUGCUUUCAUGCACAGUGGCAACAUAGUGUCGGUGGGAAAUGGGGACUCAACCAUAGAGGGACUGGAGACUGCGAGGGGUUGCUUGCCGUUGCGUCUCCGUCUCAGCAAUACCGAGACUGGACAGGCUAUCGGGUUUCUCAACUGUCAAUCCAUGAACCACAAUGACGCAGUGGUGGGAAUCCCUCUCCUUUGCAUUACGCCUGGCGCAGUGCCACGGGAAUACAUACGACCGGCGGGGACAGACGCAGUCCUGCGUGUACCUCCGACAGAGGCAGAUUCGGCACCUAGACCUAUUCGACUUCGGGCUUUGCUGCCGAGCAACAAAGCAGCACUGAGUCAAUGCACGUACGGCUUUCACAUCAACCAGUGGUCCGAGCUCCUGAAAACUGAUCUGAGUGUCGUCGAUACCUAUUCCGAUGGACAAUGGAAUGAAGACCGGGCGGUCAUUAGUACCGUUAUGGAUAUACGACACAAUGCUGCUCGGCGGUCUUGGUGGAAGGUUCGCCAAAAGACUGGAGUGUUGAAAGACUUUGUAAUUGCUCUCGAACUUGGCGUCAAGCAGAUGGAAGUGCACGCAAGUUGCCAUCUUAUGGUUGCAUCUAGGGACACGGCUCUUGACAUAAUUGCUCGAGCAACAGUCGAUUCAGAUGGCUUUUUGGGCAGCAGGAUUGCAAGCAACGACUCUUUGACGUUGGGAAUUAAGCUCUCGCAGGAUUUGCCCGGUUCGAAACUUUAUAUGGUUACAUUGGCAACACCGGCGACACCGUCACAGUUGAUGGACAUCGUGGUGGACGCAGAUCAGGAGCUGAAGAUACUUGCACACACAGACUCACUCUUGAAACUAUUUGCAAAGAGUUGGCCGGUCAGCUUGAAUUUGUCGGGGUUCAAGAAACCACUGGAGGGAAAAGAGCAAGCUCAAGAUCCACUCUUUCUCGAUCUCCUAGGAGAAAAGGAGGCAAUCCAGUCCCAAAUUUCCCUGGAAUCCCAUUCGAUCCAAGAGUUGAUGGCAGAUCUUCAGCUGAGCGACACUCCUUCAACUGACAAUAUUCCUAAGAUCGUGCGAAGAGCGUUCAUACUUGCAAUUACCGGUGGACAUACCGCGGCCAUGGAAUAUCUCUGGAAAUAUCUCGAAGUUGAUAAUACUAUCGAAGAUUCUGAAGGGCGAGGUGCUCUAUCCCUGGCAGUUGCUGCAGACAAUAUUCCAGUGCUGGAGUCACUCUUAUCCAAAGGAUUUGCUGUGAACCGCUCGGACAGCUGUGGACAGUCUCCCUUGUCAACAGCAGCCCUGCUGGGGCACCAUGCAGCCCUGCUGAUGUUGCUGAAGACAGAGACAUCCAUCAGCUUUCAUACCAGAAACGGCCAGACUCUGAUAGAUGUGGCAGUGAAGGCGAAUCACUGUGCAGUUGUCCGAACGCUGUUGGAAAAGGGAGCAGACGUAAGAGGCGGGUUUCAAAAUCAGUCUAGAUCGCGCUUAACAGCUCAAAAUGAGCCUCCCCUAGCUGUGGCCUCCCGUCUGGGCUUUGCUGGCAUUGUUGAAUGUUUGCUCCAAUAUGGAGCCAAUGUCAAUGAAAAAGGCCUGCCUUGUCUUCCAAACAGCGUUGGAUUUCGAGCCGACUGCCCUGUGUUGGCCAUUGCUGCAUAUAUGGGCCACCACGACGUUGUUAAUUGUUUGUUAAGCCGAAAGGCUGACGUCAAUGCAACCGAUGGAAGUCGCCGAACGCCGUUAUUAUUGGCUGCCAGGAACGGCCAUGACCAAAUCGUCCGACUUCUCCUCCAACAAGGCGCCGACACUGAGUUGUCAGACAGUAAAGAUGGCGGGACGCCGCUAGCGUUUGCUUCCACGUGUGGCCAUCGUCAGGUUGUUGCAUUGCUUUUGGAGAAAGGCGCAAACCUUGAAGCCAAAGACUUCGAAAGUCAAACACCGAUUUUCCACGCCAUUCACGCAAGGCGUGGUGAGAUCUUGCAGUUGCUUCUCAGCCGGGGCGCCGACGUCAAUGUCACGCAGAACGGAGAAACCCCCCUUUUUUACGCAAUACGAUACACGGAGGUGGAGGCAGUUGAUCUUCUUGUCAAACAUGGAGCCAGGAUCUCGACAGAAAAUAAGUUUGGCAAGUUGCCAUUGCAAUAUGCCCAAGAUCAACUGACCCGCCCCAUUAACAAUCUCAACGAAUUUAACACUGAACGGCGUCAACUGCUUAGGGCAAAGCGUGAGGAAAUCAUUCGGAGACUCGAGUCUGCCACCGUCGAACAUGACCAACAUGCGGGGAUGACGACUAAGCCAACGCUCAAAUCUAGAGCGCAAAAAACAUUGGUACAGUUGAUCAAAAGGUGA